AUGCGGGAUAUCGACGUUCGAAAAAAACGCACCCGUCCUGUCGAGUCACCGGGAGAAAAAGUGCCGAAGGCUCGAAACCCGAUCGCCGGAAGUGACGGGGCGGAUGCGCGACCGCAGCGGCGCAGCCUUCUCGCGCCCCCUCGUGCGUGGCCCACGAAACGCUACGCAACUUGUUCGUUGAGCAUUGCUUCCGAUGCGAUGCCAAUGUUUAAAACAUUGCGGCACAGACACAGCGGCAAUCGGUCCGAAAGUGGACCGAUUGCCGCUUUCGCCAAACGAAAUGUGAAAAUGUAUCCCAGGGUAAUGUAUGACAAGCCUGCCCAUUCGUGCAACAGCCGAGGCUGCUGCGUGCUACCACCG